AAUUUAUCAAUUCAAAAGUUGAUUCUGUGUGAAACCUCUUGCUACCCCCCUGUUCUUCUACAUAUUAUGUCUACUGUUUCGACACUUUGAAAUUAAAACAUCGGAUUUUCCUAACAGCUUAAUACACUUGUUUUUUAAUGACAGUUUAAGUCAGUCUCAUAGUUGCCUUCCUAAACAAAACCUCCAUAGAAUGUCCUCAUUUUUUCUUCACCAUUAACCGUAAAAUUUUCGUAUGCAUCAAUACUACAUGGUUGAUCGGCUAUAAGGUUAUAUAGGUUGAUUAGUUCAUAAUCUCAUUAUUUUGUUAAUUCUUUUUUGAGUUAAUUUCAGUUUAUUACUUUAAAGUUUUUUUAUUUUCAACAUUUAGUAUAUGAAGUUUUUAUCAUCUCAAAGUGGUAUCCGAAAUUAUAAUAUUGGGAUAGUCUCAUACAUCCGUUAACGUUACUGUUAAGUGAACCGUUAAGUGUGAUGUGAUGCUUAUGUGAAUAAUGACCGAGUUCCAUGUGUUAAUAUAAUCAACAUAAAUAUUUAAAAAAUUAAGAAAAUAAAAAAUAAAAAAUAAAACAAAAUUUCUUGUUUUACCCUUCGAUCUCCACCAUCAGGACCUCAGCAUGGAUUUUGGACAGGAUGAGCUUUACGAUGGCUAGGUCGCAAGAGCCUUCUUCGGCGCGACGAUGUUGGCGGGGAAUGAGCCGAAAACGGUGGCUGGGGUGGGAGGUGAUGGAGAUGAUGGACCAUGAAGCGCCUCUCAGAUCUAAAACCGCUCAGCAGCAGAGGCUUGCUGCUGCUUCUCAGCUCAUGGCAGCGUCAGUGAAUUCCUUCCCUUACUCCUCCAAGUGCAUGAACUUCGUACUUCAGCAGCAACAAACUGAUUCGCAAAGGGCAGCGGCAGCUGCCUUGAUGAUGGGUGAUGAUAUGCACAAGUUCAGCCGAUCCCGCCUCGAAAGAUCCGAUUUUUCGAUGGAGGGGAAGGGGGAGCGGGAGGAGAAGGGGAAGGGUUUGGCUCGGAAAAAUGGGGAAAAUUGGAACUGGAAAAUGGGUACUUUGAGGGUGUUGGGUUCGAAGGAGGGGAAGGUAGGGAUGGAGAUGGUGGUUGAAUUGUCGGCGGCGAAGAAGAUUCCUGCGGCAGAAAUGGCCGAUCUGGGCGAAGAAGAAGAUGACGACGUGGGUUGAUUCGAAUUGGGAAAGUGGGUUUUGGUCUGAAUGUUGAAAACAGGGGUGAAGUAGGUAAUGAGGGAGAAGAUGUCGAGCAGCUUAAGCCACUGGUGCAUCUGCUCGGUUCCUUCGCGGAUGGAGUUGUAGACAUCUAGGGCUUUGACGCUGCGCCCGAAGUAGUCGGAGAUGUAGCGGUCAACGGUGGGUUUGGAGAUGUGGGUUUUGGUGGAGGAGAGGAUGAGAGUUUUAACCUCCUGGUGUAUGAGGAGGAAGGAGUCGAGGAGGUCGUGGGACGAGGAGAGGUGGAGGAAGCAAUCGGCCAUGGCUUUGGAAAGAAGAAAAUCUGUUUUAAUUUUUAAUUUUUUUAGUUUUUUAAUUUUAUUAAUAUUUUUAAUUUUUAAUCUUCAUGUCGCCCAUAUUAACGGUCAUUAUCUACGUGAGCUCCACAUCACCAUUUAACAGCAAUUUUAACAAAUGUA